AUGGAUCCUAUUCCGGAGAGACCUUGGGAAAGCAUUUCCAUGGACUUCAUCAUGGGUCUACCCAAGUCAGAUGGAUACAGCAUUCUUUUGGUGGUGGUUGACCGGUUCUCUAAAUACGACAUUUUCAUUCUAGCCCCAGCCAAGUGUCCAGCCGAGGUAGCGACACCACUAUUUCUGAAGCAUGUGGUGAAGUAUUGGGGGCUACCAAAGUCCAUCGUAAGCGAUCGGGAUGGUCGCUUCACAGGAAGGAGUGAGUCUACAGGGAGGAGCCCAUUCGAGAUCGUCACAGGUCAGCAACCACUCACUCCAAACGCUAUUUCUACAGGUUAUAAGAGAAAUAGCCCAGCCGCUUACCGAUUUUCUAAGGAGUGGCAAGAUCAGAACGAAUUAGCACGCUCAUGCUUGAACAAGGCGGCAAAGAAGAUGAAGAAAUGGGCCGACAAGAAGCAAAGGCAUAUGGAGUAUCAAGUUGGAGACUUGGUCCUUGUCAAGAUUUCUACAUUGGAUCGACAUAAAGGGCUACACAAGAGCUUGAUACUCAAGUAUGAGGGCUCAUUUCCAAUCGAGAAGAGAGUGGGAAAUGUGGCUUACAUGGUAAAGCUUCCCCCAACCGUGAAGUAUCAUCCGGUCUUCCAUGUGAGCAUGUUAAAGCCAUAUCAUCAAGAUACAGAAGAUCUAGAUAGAGGAAAGUCUAGUCGAGCUCCAAUAGGGAUUCGUAUAGAGUUCGAUAUGUUAGCCCUUAUGUUUUGA